AAAAACCCAUCAGCUGCAAACUCGAAAUGAUUCGGAGUCCUCGGUUUUAAGGGCGAAAGUGAUGUUUUAAGUACAUAACAGACUGUUUGGGAACCGUUAUCCACAUGGUGAAUAUGCGUCAUGGGAGAUCAGAGGAGGCCGGGGCCCAGGCUCUGUGUUGCCGUGAGAGAGCCGAGUUUCCCCAGCCCCGAGUCGCAGCCCCGGGAGUUCCCCUGCCCCAGCCGGAGACGGGGGACAGCCGCCCCCGGGACCCGAGAAUGCGCGGAACCUCUUGCGAGGCCGCGGCUCUCCGGCGGACUCUUGGCUGGGUUGUACAACAACCGUGGGCGCAUCCCGUUGACAGGCAGAUGGAUCAGCCAAUAACAGACGAGGCGCAGGGAGGCCGCGGCUUGCUGCACCAAUGAGCGGCGAGGGAGGCGGGGCUACACCCGGAAGCGGUGAGCGGCGCGGAGGCGGCACCGGCAGCACCGGGGAUCAGGAGCAGCCGCAGCGAUGUCGGAACGGAAAGUGUUGAACAAAUAUUACCCCCCGGACUUCGAUCCGGCGAAGAUCCCGAAGCUCAAGCUCCCGAAGGACCGGCAGUACGUGGUGAGGCUCAUGGCCCCCUUCAACAUGAGGUGCAAGACGUGUGGGGAGUACAUCUACAAGGGCAAGAAGUUCAACGCCCGCAAGGAGACGGUGCAGAACGAGGUGUACCUGGGGCUGCCCAUCUUCCGCUUCUACAUCAAGUGCACGCGGUGCCUGGCUGAGAUCACCUUCAAGACAGACCCCGAGAACACGGAUUACACCAUGGAGCACGGCGCCACACGCAACUUCCAGGCGGAGAAGCUCUUGGAGGAGGAGGAGAAGAGGAUGCAGAAGGAGAGGGAAGAGGAAGAGCUCAACAAUCCCAUGAAGGUCCUGGAGAACCGAACCAAGGACUCCAAGCUGGAGAUGGAGGUCCUGGAGAACCUGCAGGAGCUGAAGGAGCUCAACCAGCGCCAGGCCAAUGUGGAUUUCGAGGCCAUGCUGAAGCAGUACAAGGAGCUGGAGGAGGAGCAGAGGCGCAAGGAGCAGGAGGAGGACGAACAGGAGAUGAAGGCCAUGCUGGAACAGGCCCAGAACCGCCGGCUCCUGGUGGAUUCCGACUCUGACGAGGAGCCGGCAAAAUCCCGCCCGAAUCCCGCGGCGCAGACAAAACCCACGGACAUCCUGCAGGAGGACCCCCAGCCCCAGAGCAAGAAGCCGAGGACGGAAAGCUGGGAGCGGAGCGUGGGCAAGCUCAGCACCAAGGCCCAACUGGCCGGGCUGGUGGCCCUCAGGAAGCAGAAGCCAGAUCCUGCCCUGGAUAACGGGAUGGAAAACCGAGGCACCACGGCCAACACCGGCUCGCUUCCAGCAGCAGCAGCAGCCACGUCCUCCCUGGGUUUGUUGGGAGCCUACUCGGACAGCGAGGACAGCGCCAGCGACUGAGGAGCCAGCGGCUCCCUGCUGCUCCUGGAGCCCCCCGUGGAGCUGGAAGCUCAGCCAGGCCCGGGGGAUCCAGGCCACUGCUGGUCCCACGUCCUGCCCUGCUCCAGCAGCACAGGGAAGGUGUUUUCCCGCAGCAGGAGUCCCGUGGCCGUGCCCAGGGCUGGCUGUGCCCAGUGCCAGGCCCCAGCCCGGUGUGUCCCAGCCCUGCUCCCAGGAUGGGUUUGGAAGUGCCAGGGCUGGACAGGACGCUGCUGUGUCCAUUCUGGGGGUGCCACUGCCCUCACCCCCCCCAGUGAUCAUCCCCAGGUCGGGUUUGGGGUGCCCUGACCCUCCCUCCCCCAGCAGGAAGGGGACCUUGGAGCCGUCCUUCCCGCCGGGAUGCAGGGCAAGGUGGGCACUCAGCCCCCUCCUUCACUUCACCAGCAGCUCUUUGUGUCCCAGGGAGUCUCAGACCUGGGGGGGCUCAUCCAGCCCCUCAGUGCGGGGACAGGGCUGUCCUGCCACCACCAGCCCCCCCAGAUGUCCCCAGGAGCUCGGGGACAAACCCCUCCCCGCCGUUCCGAGCCUGCUGGGCUCCAGCAGCCACAGCUCCGGAAUAAAUUGGAUCUGGCAGAGCCAGUUGCUUCCUCCUC